AUGUACCUAACAUAUUCCGUCGCAGAGCUGCAAGCUUCUCGUUGGGAAUGGCGAAAGCUACGUCCUCGCCCUCCACGAAGUGGCGGAGCUGGUCCAUGUCCACGAUUGGGCCACUCAUUCUCGCUUGCGAGCAACCAGAUCUGCUAUCUAUUCGGUGGUCUUGCGAACCAGUCUCCCGAUCCAAAACAAAACAACCCCGUAUACUUGGAUGAUUUAUUCACGCUUGAUAUCCGAGGCCCAGUAGGAUCUCUGCAAUGGGAGCUGCCCGUGACUUAUGGUCCGCAUCCUCCACCGCGCGAGUCCCAUUCUGCAGUAGUACUUGAGUCAACCAGUGGACGUCAGCUGAUAAUCUAUGGUGGAAUGAAUGGAUGUCGCCUGAACGAUCUAUGGAUAUUACAUCUUGAUACCAUGACAUGGGACAACCCUGUGACUGGAGGGGUCACGCCUCUUCCAAGAUCUCUUCAUACCGCAAACCUGAUUGGACAUCGAAUGUAUAUCUAUGGUGGUUGGGUCCCAAUGGUUGAAGACGGGAACGACGCUGAGGUGUGUUGCAAAGACAUGUGGUAUCUGGAGACGGCAGUUCCGGGCACUCCUUCACGUGUUCAGCUUGUCAGAGCAAGCGUUGCUGGACUUGAGGUUUCAUGGGGUUCUCUUCCAACUGCCGAGGCAUACCUACUCCAGCUGCAUAAGUACGAUGCUAGCAUAGCUACGCACAAGAUCAUUGAUGAAGAAGCUUCGAGGCAGCUGGGUUCACUCGGUAAACCUCCAUCAUCACCAGCUCAAAAGAUGUUGAUGCAAAGGGGACCUGCGGCAGGUAGCAUCAUGAAGGUGGUGCGAGGAACCGGACCUGGUCAGCAAAUCUUACGAGUUGUGAGACCAGUUUCGAGCGUUCCGGGUGGUGCAGCUUUGCCAGCCGUUGUGAAACCAGGCCCUGGCGCUAAAGCGAUCUUUUUGUCAAAGGGUGGCGCUCAACAAAAGGUAAUGUACGUGCCAAGUGGGGUUCCGGUUGCUCCCGCAGGCGUGAUGCUUUCAAGGACGGGAGUUCCUAUACCUGCUGGAGUAGAUCAACAAGGCGCUCUACCACUCGCACCUCAUCAGCAGCCCAGCAUAUCUACACAGGGUACGACGUAUACGGCGCCAUCGAAUUCGCGUCAAAACGAUGAAGUGCGUAGGGCUACUCUUCCACAAAACCUUUUCGAUGAACUGCCUACUGAUGAGCAGUCUCCACCAUCGCCACCAAAGCAGAGAGGUGCAGAGAGCGAGAACUCUCAAACAUCCACUUCGGGUACUUCCACCCAGUCUGACACGCCGCACUUAGCCGAGCAUCCAGAAAGGCCAGAGUCACAGGUUCGUGUUUUUUAG